CUAAUGUAUAAUUGGAACUAACUUAGUUUGUCUUUUCAUUAUGAUUGUGAGGUUGAAUGUUUCAUUUUUUGACAAUAGUACGACUUUUUGAAUCAAGCUACACCAAUACGAUAACAACAAUAAAAAAAACAUUUAACAAAUAAAACUAUAGACAACAUUAACAAAGAAAAUGCUGAAUAAGCCGCAAAAAUUAGGACUAGGAAUUUCCUUACUUCUUAUUGUCGACAUUAUAUGGGUAGCAUCAAGCGAACUAACAAAGUAUUUGUACAAGGAUGAGAACUUCGAUAAGCCAUUCUUCUGUACGUUUUUUAAGACUUCAAUGUUUACAAUUUACUUGGUAGUGAUGGGAAUGAUAGCACCAUGGCGAGAGGCAUGCAUGAGAAAUGGCAAUUAUCAAUUGGUUGAACCACAAGAUGAUACGGAUGGAUUUUUUACAAAUGGACUGAGCGAUUCUACUUUCGUUCCUAUAAAAACACCAGAAACAGAAAGCGACGAUUCCAGUAUUCGAAGUGUUCGAUUUAGUAAACUCGCAGAAGUAAGAGAAAUGAACGCAGCUGAAGCAACUGAGGCUCUAAUGUCAAGACUUUCAUAUGCUGCAUCAAUUCGAAUUCGUCGACAAAGAACGCACCAUAAAACAGCAAGAACGGCUUUAAUAUUUUGUAUUUUAUGGUUCAUUGCUAAUUAUAUGUUUCAAUUAGCAUUAGAUCCGAGCGAAGCAGCACUCGUUACACUCCUCAGCACCACAUCUAGUAUAUUUACAUUAGUUUUAGCUGCCUCAUUUCCAUCGUCAUCCGGCGACCGAUUUACAGUAUCCAAAUUAAUUGCAGUUUCAUUAUCAAUGUGCGGUGCUACAAUGGUCACAAUGUCCGAAAUUAGUGAGCCACAAAGUUCACGUGGAAUCGUUCUGAGUGUGUUAAGUGCUUUCUUUUAUGCAUGUUAUUUGGUGCUUGUAAAACGAAAAAAUGACACCGACGAGAAGAUUGAUAUAAUAGAAUUUUUUGGAUUUGUUGGAUUAUGGAAUACUUUACUCUUGUGGCCAUUAUUUAUAGUCCUAAACUUUUCACAAUUAGAAUCAUUCGAGAUGCCCAAUAAAAAGCAAUUUCUUAUACUUUUUAUAAAUGGAUUAAUUGGGACUGUUAUCUCAGAGGCUUUAUGGCUAUGGGGAUGUUUUCUUACAUCAUCGCUAAUUGCUACAGUUGCAAUAACUCUCACGAUACCCUUCUCAAUGAUUCUUGACGUAGUCCUAAGAAAUAAAGUUUAUCCACUCAAUUUUUAUCUCGGCUCGAUUCCGAUGUUUCUAUCUUUAAUAUUUAUCGCAUUUUUAAUGAAAUAUGAAGACGGUGAUCCAAUUAUGAAAGGAUUAAAAGUCGUUUACAGAAAAAUAUGGAACUGUAGACGAACAAAUAUUGUAAGAAUACAAGAUGACGAGCAAAACGAGUCAUUGAUUGACAAUAGUCAUGAUAAUUAGGAGCAUUUUGAUGGAUAAGGUUGAUGAAGAAUAAAAAUAAAUAAAAACCAUUGUGAUAAGCGUUCGAUCGCUGAAAAAAAAAAUUAAUUCGCGUACUUCAAAAUUUUUAAAACAAAAAAAAUUCUAAGUCGAGCACAUGGAUUCAUGUUGGAUUUCUUCAAAUUAAUUUUAUGUUUAUUGUGUUCUUCGUAUAAAGUUUAUUAUUUUAUUGUCAUUAAGAUUGUGUGUUAAAUUUGAGAAUAAUUGAGAUUUGUUGCUUUUUGGUAAGGGGCCGUUCGCUUAAGACGUCCAUGGGAGGGGAGGGGGGUCAGUAAGAAAAGAACAAUAGAAAUUCCUGAAAAUUCAUUGUUUUUUGAAAAAUGACCGGUUAUUUCGGACUUCAUAAGUUAACGACCCCUAAGAGAUAUUUGAUUCCUUGAGCUCGUCUAGAGGAGCUGGGCUUCAAACACCCCUUUGCCUAAGCCUUUGUUCCACAUACUUCAGUAAUUAACUAAGAAAUGAUAUCUCUGAUCCCUAAUCUGGGUAAAUCCUCUUUUUCUGAAGUGCUCAUCAGAUAAAUCGUUAAUUAAUGUGGAAAAAAAUCCCCAAAAUUCAGAUAAUUGUCUAAAAUCACCAGUUCCCAUCUAAGUGCAAAU